AUGACAUCAGAGAAUGCCAACUUCAAAUAUGUACUACUAUUACUAUAUAUAUGUUGUUUGUUAACAACAACUACAAAAGCAACAAUAACAUUCUUACAACAACAAGAGAUUGGAUAUAUUAUAUCAACUGAUGGUGGACUUGGCACUGACCUAAGCGAUGCAGUGCUUACUGUAAACACUAUUCAGGUGCAGGGUACUGCAAUCAACGACACAACGUUCACUUUUAACAUCCCCGAUCGAUGCCCGUUCAAUCCCACCUUCAGCCUGACCAUCAAGAGCGCCAACAAGAACUUUGUGCCCGCGGUCUCGCCCUCGGCCAUCGCACCGGUCAUCACCAACAUCACAAGCGCACCCACGUCUGGAGGCGUCGUCACAGUCACUGGACACUUCCUCCAGCUGACCAACUUUAAUUCUCCAAUACCUGUACCAUAUACCGUUAGCUUACUAUUGGGACAGACGGGCUACACUUGCAGCCAGGCAUCACCGAUCGACCUUGCUCUCAAGGCCAUCACUUGCAUGGCUUCGCCCGGUGCAGGUGUCGGCUUUGACACAACCAUUCGCAUCAACGACAUCCCUAAUCAUGCCAGUGAUCCUCACGUCCUCUUUGGAUACAAUCCACCAACUAUUAUCAACACGACCAACACUACGCAGCUGGGUGGAAACAUCACGAUCAAAGGAACUAACUUCUUUGAUCAACAGACUCAAGUGAUUGUAGGCGAUUUGGAGUGUGCCAAUCCCACCGUGUUGGACUACGCAACGAUCAUAUGUGAGCUUCCAAGCAUAGGUGACCCUCCACGAAUCAUAGUCAGUGUCACAGUCAAUGUGGCAAAUCAAACUACAACAGAGGCUGUAUUUCAAUAUGACUUAUCAUUGAUCAAACAAGCAAAGAGGAGGAACGAUAUGAAAUGGAAGAUACCAGCUAUUAUAUUUGGAACAUUAGGAAGCAUUGCAAUCAUUGCUUGUGUAAUACACUUGGCAAAGAAAGUGGGCAAACAACUAUCGACCAAUGAAUAA